AUGAUAAAAUCAACGAGAUCAAUUUAUCAACUUGACUAUCCAGCAAAUGCAACACUAACCCCCAUAAGGGAUGAAUCUCAAGAAUAUUUUCCCGAUGAUACUAUCAAGAGAGAAAAACCUCCGGUUUCGAGUUCCUUGGGAGAAUAUGUGAAUCCUUAUGCUCGAUCACUCUGGUUCAGCUUGGAUAACUUCCGGGUUAAUCAAGAUAGAAUUCGUGCUCUCAAUGUCCCAUCAGAAAAUCAUAUAUUGACAGCUGAUAUGAGGUCUAGACAUGCUUCUUGCGAAUGGCACGAGAAAAUGAGUCCCAUUAAAAUGCAGGUGGAGCAACAAUCCACAGAGAUACCCCAGGACUGUAAAUUAUUUUUAGAGACUAUGACUGAAUUGAUAGAGUCAGAAGAACAUUACUCUUCAGUACUGGAUUUGUCGAAUACCGUUUACAGGAAGGAGCUUCUUAGCAAUAAAAAGCUUCUACAGAAACUGCUGAUUAAUGAUGACCGCGAUGAAAUUUUGCUCUUUGGUAAUUUGGACACAAUCUCAUCUUUGAGCAAAAUAUUGGUGAGAACGCUGAGGAAGUAUAUUGGCGAAUGUUGCCAACGGACAAUAGUUUCAGAUUUAUCACUAUUACUACAAAUUGACGCGUCGGAAUUUCAUAACCUCAUAACUCUUUUCGACCCGUCAGUUUUUCUUGAAUCGCAUUUGACUAAAAUUAGAUCAACUUAUGCGGCUUACUCAAUGUGCUAUAAUGAACAGUUAAAAUUGAUAUCGCAUAUGAAGAAGCUUUCGGCGAAAGAUUUUUACAACUGGUACGAACUUUGUCUGGUGGACGCUAAUUACAUUAAAUUAGAGGAUAUUCUUGCCCUCCCACUUCUGCAUAUGAACGAGAUGACUAAUAUACUCCUUAAAUUGUCAAGAGUAGGUCAAAAUUGUAUGUCGGCAAAUAACCACACGAAGCUUGUUCAGUUUAUUAAAGACUUUGAUUGUUUUUCAACUGAAUUACAAUCUCGCGUUGAUGAUAACAAUGCCCUAUCAACCUCCAAACAUUCGACAACAAGUGAGAAGAGCAGUAUACACGGAACUUGUGGAAACCUAUUAAGUGCGCCUUCAAGCAAUCAUUGUGGGUCAAGCGAUUGCUAUUUUUCUUCUUCCUCAAGUCGAUACUCUGAGCAUUCAAGUUACUUGACGGAAUUUGAUGUUUGCAAACCGGCCUAUUCGGAGGGGCCGGAUGGUACUGGUCUACAGAACGCGACGCUCAACGAUUGGAUUGACAAAUUUACUAAAGUUCAGAGUGGGCUGAAAAAACUCGAGAAAGAAAUUUCAGGAAACAAUUUAAACUUCAUUCUCGACAAAAACUUAGAGCAAGCAAAGAAAUGGAGAUAUAUCAUGGAGUUUGAAUCUCCGAACCACCUUUUGACACAGCAUGCUAACGUAGAUUCCAUAUAUGAAUCUUAUGUGGAAAAAAUACACCAACAACGGCUAAACACGAUGAUUCUAAAACUUAACGAUCUUCAAGAAAGAGUUCUCGAUCCAAUCUGCAAGAUAAAAACCCUCUGCGCUCCCGUAAAAGAGAAAAUACAAGAUCUCAAAGUUUUUAAAAAAGACUACAUGGCUUUCCUUGAAGGUCAAUCCAAGAAUGAUGUAAAAAGAAAGCUAAUAGCGAAACACUUCAAAGAGUUACAAACAGAGCUUCUUCAUCAAUUGCCAAUUUUUCUUGAUUUGGUAAACAAGUCAAUAGAGCUUAUACUCUUUGCUUUCAACGAGGUAAUGAUGAAAUACAUGGAAAUUUUAUCAGGAGGAAAGAUGUUUUUAGAUAAGGAACUCCAGUUAAUAUAUUCUGGUGAAAGGGAAUUGGGAGAUCAUUUUGAUAUCUUGCAAUUCUUUUCAUCUUCCAGAUUUUACACGAAACAACUGGUAAGAGAUUGUUGGAGACAUGACAAGAUCCACCGUGCAAGUGAAGUACUUCGCAAAUUGUUCGAACUUUAA